GUGGGUGGUGGUCAUCAAUGGCCAUCUUCACGUUCUACUUUGGAUAUGGACAGGUUUAUAUUGGUGUUCGCGAGGGAAUAAAUAAAAUUAUCUCAGUGUCAGUGAAUAUUGAAUCUAAAGGUGAAUGAUAGAGUGAAUUUGUGAUUAUGGCUAAGCUACAUAACAUCUUGGUACUUCUCUGUAAUGUACUGCUAUGUAUGUGUCAAGAUUAUGGUAUAGACGAUAGUACAGCUCAAGAACAAGAUGAAGGUCAUCCAAGCUAUUCAUUUGGAUAUGGAGUCUCUGAUAUACGAACUGGAGACGUAAAAACUGUAUGGGAAGAGAAGGAAGGUGACACUGUUAAAGGUCACUACAGUGUGAUAGAACCGGAUGGUUCUAUGAGAACUGUAGAAUACUCAGCUGGACCAAAUACAGGAUUUACAGCAAUAGUAAAUAAUAACGGCAACCAAAACGAAGCACAAGAUGAACAAGUGCCACACUCAGAGUUCAUGGAAGACAAAGCACUAAGAGAUUACGAUCGGUAUUAUGAUUUUUCCGAGGAAGCAGAUCCAGAAUCAUCUUACAAAACAAGUGACAGGAAAAGGAAAAGACAUCCGUAUGAAUCACUUUUUAAAGAUUACUCAUUUGUUAAGCGACCAAAAUAUCCUUCUGACUUAGAGCCAAGCGAAUACACUCAUAGUAUAGAUAUCAAACAUCCUCAUGACGAUAGUUUCGAUGCUCCUGCGCAUAGCCAUAUAGGAUAUCAUUACGAUCCAAAUUGCAGAAAGAAGCAUAAGCCAGUAUCUAAUUACUAUGGUAAUAUCGCAGACACAGAUUUUAGGAAGCAAAAAUAUCCUUCUCUUACUGACUCUAGAUAUGAACAUGAUAAAUAUAAAACCGAAGCGUCAUCAAUAGAAGCAGAAAAAUACGUAAACAGUUACAAACAAGAUGGUUUUAAGCCACUUAAGCCUGAGGAUUACAAUGAACCACCGCCUAAGUAUGGAUAUUCCAGUGUGCGCGAUGUACCUCCACCAGAAAGUAGUUAUUCAGACUACAUUCCUCCCCGCCCAAAGAAGAAGUACAAGCCAUACAAACAUCCAGAACCUUUUGAUCCAGAAAAUCUAGACGAUUAUGUUUUGGUACCCAAGAGGAAACUCAAAAAACCACAAAGAGUCGUAGAUGAUUAUCCACCAGAAUCAGAUGAAGAUUUUGAUCAUAGGGCACCUUAUUCUUCCUAUGAUGAUGAUUUUGAAGACGACCGAUACCAAAAACCGCCUCGAGGACCAACUGGCACCCAAAAAGAAGUAGUUAAGAAAGUAGUGAAAAAGAAGCCAAUUAUAAAUAUUUUAGAUAUAUUUGAUAUUUAGAACAAUGGAUACAAAUUAGAAUAAGUGUUUGUUGACUUGUUAAUAACUGCGUGCGUGAAUGGUUGAGAGAUUGUCAUAUUAUUUAAUACAGUGACGACUUCAUCUUAAACCUUUCGUUUUCAAUAUUUAUAUGUAUUAGUAAAUAGUUUUAACAUAAUUUCAACGUAUCCUUAGUAGUUCAUUAGUUUAAAGUGUACAGAUAUUUCUAGAUAAUAUAAUAAAAAAUUACUUAUUGG